AUGUCACAAAAUAACCCAUUUCCUAACAAUGUGUUGAAUGAUCUACACCAAAACGACGUUAAACCAAACUCAAACGGUUCGUAUCCUUAUCAUCAGCCUGCUAUGGGUCGUCCAAGUACAAAGCCUUCAAGGGCUAAGAAGAUGGCUUGUGUUGAAUGUAGACAACAAAAGUCCAAAUGUGAUGCUCAAGAGAAAUAUCCAAAUCCAUGUACAAGAUGCUCUAAAAAAGGAAUUUCAUGUUCAUUACAAUCUGAUUAUAAAAGAACUUAUAAAAGAGCCAAAUUCCAACAGAUAGAGGAAGAACUUGAGGAGUUGAAGAAGAAUUUAAGUGAAGCUGGUGCUGAUAAUUUGUUAAGACAACUGAAACAAGGAACUUUCCAAGCUCAUGAACUUAAUAAUCAAAAUUAUCAACAACAAAUACCUCCACAACAACAACAACCACAACUGAUACACCAGCAUUCUCCACUUCAGCAUCAACAGCAGCAGCAGCAAGGGACAAAUCCAAUAAUAAGUGGACUACCUCCGUUAAGACAAAACAUAUCUGUGAGUGCUUCACCAUAUGGCGGAUCACCUUCAUCAACACCUCAACCAAUACAAUCACAACCUUCAGUUCAUCAACCACAACUACCACCAGGUUCAGAAAACUUUUCGAAUAUACAAGGGGUUUCAAGAUCAAGUAUAUCAGCAGAACAAGGUCCUUCGAUUAUAAGGGGUGAACAUACACCCCCACCACAGUUGAAGCCUAUAAAUAUAAUAUUGACAGAAGAACAACUUCGUUGUGAACCAAAACAAUUUGGAGAAGUUGAAUUAUCUUCAGAACAAAUCAAGGAUCUUUUCGUUGAAUUUGUGAAUAAAUAUCAUAAUUUUUUACCUAUUGUUGAUGUCUCAAAAGGUCCUGAAAGAUUACACAGGCUUUGUCCAGUAUUAUUCUGGGUUAUAAUGUCAGUUGCCCUGCGUCAUCAUUCAACUGAUAUACUUAUGACUUUAGCUCCUAUAAUCAAAACUGCGUUAGCUGAAAUUACAAUAAGUCCAAUUACAAGAUAUUUACCAAAUGAGGAAGAAGAACCUAUAUUAAACGUUUCAUCUGUUUAUUCAGUUCAAGCAUUUUUAAUCUAUACAUUUUGGCCACCAUUAACAUCAUCAUUAAGUGCUGAUUCUUCAUGGAACACUGUGGGUAUUGCUGUUUUUCAAGCUAUAAGGCUUGGUUUAAAUGGACCAGGUGUUAAUAAUUACAAUCCUCAACAACAGCAACAACCUGAAGUUAACUCAAUACUACAAGAACAUAUCAAGACUUGGAUUUCGUGUAAUAUUGUUUCACAAACUAUUGCAACAGCAUUUGGAUACCCAGCUUUUGUUUCAUUUGAUAGUUCAGUUAUGAGUAGUUGCAGACCUGGAACUUCUGAUGAUAAAAUACCCACCCAGUUGAAACAUAUGGUUGAAAUAAGUCAUUUUGAAGAUCAAAUUGCUAAAAUUUUGAAUUCAAAUACCGUUGAUGCUCUUGGGUUGGCUGAUGCUGCUGAAAGAUUACCAUUAUUGAAGGUUCUGACUCAACAAUUGAAUGAAUUAGAAUUGAAAUUAACUGCUGAAGGUCUUGAUGAUAUAAGAAAAUUCCAAAUUUUAGCAACAAAAGUUCAUUUAUUAACAUACUAUUUCUUGGACAAUUCAAGAGUCGCACCUUUUGAAUUAAGAAGAGGUUUAGUAUUAGUUUAUAAUGCAGCUUUAACAUUACUGAAUCAUGCAAAUAGUGUAUCCAAUAAAGAUUCCAAUUUCAUCAAAUAUUUACCAGGGGUUUUUGUUUUGAAAAUUUGGCAAGCUUCAUGUAUUGUCACCAAAUUAAUUCAUAGUCCAUUAUGUGAUGUUAUUGAUAUUGGUGCUGGUAGACAACUGUAUAUGGCUGCUAUUCAAUUAGCUAUGAGAGCCUCUAUUUUAAAACAUGAUAUGGCUUAUAGAUCAAGUGGUAUUAUGAGAAACAUGUGGCAAUUGUUUAAGGCUUUAAGAGAGAAGAAAAAUAUCAAAAAUCUGGAUGUUACAAUAAGAACAAGAAUGUCUGCUAGUGUCUUCUUUGAUUGUUUAUGGAUAUUGAGAGAACAAGUUGGUAUGAUUAAAUUAGAUCCUAAUCAAAAAUCAUCUACUGCUGAGGUAUCUAAUGAGAAUGAAGAUGAAGAAUUUGAUGAAGAAGAUGUUGAUGAAGAUUAUAAUUCAGAUACAGCGACUGGUGAUAAAGAGAGUGUUGGCGAUCCAGGCACUGUUGGUUCAGAAAGUUCAGAUGCAAGAUCUACAACCUCAUCACAAAGAAGAAGACCAAGAUCAUUAUCCAACAAUUUUAAUGCUGAAAAUGCAGCAAGAAGAAUUAUCAGAACUAUACCAUUGGAUCCUACACCGAUUUCAUUAAAAAAAGACGGUAUUAAUGAUGAUAGCCCUGGAAGACCUGGCUCUUCUUUGAAGAGUAUCAUUAAAAACUACAAGAAAUUCAACAACACCACAAAAAAAAGAAAAACUCAAAAUCCUCAACAAGGUAAUCUUCAAUCACGUCAUACACCAGAUUCAAAUAUUCAUCAAUUCCCAUUCCAACAAACCAUGAGUAAUCCUGCUACACAAAACAAUUCCCCUUCAAAUAUUCCAUCAUUAGAUAUAAGUGAUGAUUGGACAAGUGAUAUGCUUUGGAAAGAUGUUGAUUCUGUGAUGAAUGAUUUUGGAUUCAAUACGGAUGAUUUAGCAAAGAUUCAAAAUCCGUCAACAAUUCCAAAUGAAAUUGAUGGUAAUCCGCAGGCUCAACAACCAUAUCAAGCACCUUCGUUAUUCCCAUAUAAUAGGUUUAAUAACAGUAACAAUAAUUCGUAUCAAUAG